AUGAUUACUGGCGAGCUGUUCAAUCAGCAGUUCCGCUCGACUGCCGUCACCGUGUCGGUGUUCUUCGCCUAUUCGAUGGCCUUCAUCAUCUCAUCGGCGUAUUUACCCUUCCAGCAGCUUGUCGGCGUCACGUUCAGCUACUUACCCUUCAUCAUCGUCAGCAUCGUCUCGAUUUUCGUUUUGUACUUCAUUUUACCGGAAACGAAAAACCGUGACGUGAACGAUAUCGUUAAUGAGGCUCGCGCCAGGACUCACUCGGUUUCUAUUGGAUCCCCAUGGCAUGCCGUCACACAGGAAGGUCGGGAAGAGAUGCGCCGCGUCCUCGACGACAUUUCGGAGGGAUACAGUUCGAUCUCAAAU